AUGGAAUACAAUACAAGACGUCCAGAAGAAGGUGGAGAACUGGUCGGAAGCGUGUUAUUGGGACGGAUGCCACAGCAAGCAGAAGUACGAUUUGCGGAGGAUGAUUGGACGGGCAGUACAGAUGCUGCUGAGCGAAGGAAACGUCAGAAUCGGUUGCAUCAAAGACUUUAUCGGAGACGACAAAAAUUAUUGAGCAUGCAAUCAGCCCCUGCAGGCCUGGUUAUGAAAGAAACGGAACCAUUGGAACCGGAAAUUGAUCCACACUUGACUACCCUCCUCGAAGUCAUCAAACAACGGAAGCAACCCCACGAUCCUGCAGAUGCCGUUUCCCCUGGGCAAUUUACUGAAUACGAUUAUAAACAAAUUUUAACUUCAUCAGACCUGACGCCUCCCCAGGUUCAAUACAUUCUUACACAAGUUGAGCAGUGCAUUUCUCGUCAGCGCAUGUCCAGCUUUCCCCGCGCCGACCUCCUUCUCACUCUAGUUCAGUUCAACGUCUUUCGUGCUUUGUUUAGCAACAUGGUUGCUUUGGGGUUCAAUCUUGACUGGCUGACGGCAGAUGCAAUUUCACCAUUUUUCCAAAACACAUCACACGUUUGGGACACGAGCUGCCCAGCCAGUCUCUGUCCAACCCCACUUCAACGUCAAGUCUCCCAUCAUCCCUAUUUGGACCUGUUUCCUUUCCCAGAAUUAAGAGAUAAUAUGUUAAGCAAAGGUGAAGAUUUCGAUGACGACGAUCUUUGCCAUGAUCUCGUUGAAGUAUGUCAUGCUCCGUCUGAAAGGAGUGGUCUUAUCGUUUGGGGCAGUCCUUGGGAUCCAUCCAGUUGGGAGGUCACCACAGAGUUUGUUGAAAAGUGGCCUUGGAUGUUGAGAGGUUGCAAAGAGCUCUUACACUCAACAAACUUCUGGAGGGGUAAACGCGGAGAAGAGGAGCUGUGUUCUGAUAUCACGCUUUCUGAAAGGGUGCAUUCUUAA